AUGGCAUGUAGAGGCGUGUGCUGCUGUGGCUUUGGUCCUGUAAAUGAAGAUAAUGCCAGGUUUAUGAUGUUGAUGCUCCUCAUCAUCCUUUACCUCCUGUGUGGGGCCGCUGUCUUUUCAGCACUGGAACAUCCCAAGGAGAAACAAGCGAAGGAAAGAUGGGCUCAGAGGUUUGAGCUGUUCAGCCAAAGGCACAAUCUCAACAAAAGUGAACUGGAGAAGUUCUUGAGACAUUACGAAGAGGCGAACAUGGCAGGGAUCCGGGUGGACUCCCUCAGACCUCGGUGGGAUUUUACAGGAGCGUUUUAUUUUGUCGGAACUGUCGUUUCCACUAUCGGGUUUGGAAUGACCACACCUGCCACUGUUGGUGGCAAAAUCUUCCUCAUAUUUUAUGGCCUCAUUGGCUGCGCAGCCACCAUUUUAUUUUUCAACCUUUUCUUGGAGAGAAUAAUAACUGUGUUGGCAGUUGUGCUCAAGUCCUGCCACAAAGUCCAACGUCGACGCAAAGGAGUUUUACCUCAUGACAGCAGACAAGACUCAAGCAACGUAAUUCUAAAUCGUGGAGACAGUCUUGCUGGAUGGAAACCGUCAGUGUAUUGUGUGAUGCUGAUCCUUUGUCUGGCUGCAAUAAUCAUUUCCUGUUGUGCUUCAGCCAUGUACUCCUCAAUAGAGGGAUGGAGCUACAUGGAUUCUCUCUACUUCUGUUUUGUGGCUUUUAGCACCAUUGGUUUUGGAGAUAUGGUCAGCAGUCAGCGAGCCAGCUACGAAAACCAACCGCUCUACCGAAUUGGUAAUUUCUUCUUUAUUUUAAUGGGCGUCUGCUGCAUUUACUCAUUAUUCAACGUAAUCUCAAUUGUCAUAAAGCAGGUGCUCAACUGGCUCCUGAAAAAGCUAGAGAUUACUUGCCGUCAUUCGAGGUCUCUCCGACCUCGCAGGAAUGCAGUCAUGCCAGGCCAUCUCCGAACACGUGUUCGUAACAUAUCUAUAGACACGGACGCAGUCAUUGAGAGUGAGACGGAUGGACGUAGGAUGUCUGGAGAGAUGAUCUCCAUAAGAGACUUCCUAGCGGCUGAUAAGGUCAACUUGGCGAUCAUGCAGAAACAGUUGUCUGAGACGGCCAAUGGCCAUCCCCGGCCAUGCGGCUCAACUAAUAGGCAGAAUGGAUUCUCUGGUGGGGUUGGAGCUCUGGGCAUAAUGAAUAACAGACUUGCAGAAACCACUGUGGAUAGAUAA